GCCUGGGCACAAGACAUGGCCCUUCCUGGAGCUUGGCGUUGUAGUUGCAGGCUGGGCAGUCGUCAGCUGGGUGAGCAUCGUCCAAGACAGAGUCUUUCUAUGUAUCCCACAUUGGCUUGACUUGUUGGAUAGCCCAGGCUGGCCCUGAACUUUCUAUUUUCCUUCCUUAACUUCCCCAGUGCUGGGAGUUCAGGCCCUGGAACGAGCAGCGGGGAACAAUGGAGGAGCCAAGCCUGAGGAAGCGGAGAGAGGACGAGAAGUCCAUCCAAAGUAAUGCAGCCAAGACCACAAACCUCCAGAAGGAGGUGGGCCUCCUCAGCGGCAUCUGUAUCAUCGUGGGCACCAUCAUCGGCUCCGGGAUCUUCAUCUCCCCCAAGUCUGUGCUGGCCAACACAGAAUCCGUGGGGCCCUGUCUGAUCGUAUGGGCAGCCUGUGGGAUCCUGGCUACACUUGGUGCCCUGUGCUUCGCAGAGCUUGGCACAAUGAUCACCAAAUCAGGGGGCGAGUACCCCUACCUGAUGGAGGCCUUUGGCCCCAUCCCUGCCUACCUCUUCUCCUGGACCAGCCUGAUCGUCAUGAAGCCCUCGUCCUUCGCCAUCAUCUGCCUCAGCUUUUCCGAGUAUGUGUGUGCAGCCUUUUACUUGGGCUGUAAGCCUCCUCAGGUGGUCAUCAAACUCCUGGCUGCCGCCGCCAUCUUGCUCAUCACUACAGUGAAUGCGCUGAGCGUGCGGCUCGGGAGCUACGUCCAGAACAUCUUCACAGCAGCCAAGCUGGUGAUCGUGGCCAUCAUCAUCAUCAGCGGACUGGUCUUCCUGGCCCAAGGAAACACAAAGAACUUUCAGAAUUCUUUCGAGGGUGUGCAGACCUCUGUGGGCGCCAUCAGCCUGGCGUUUUACAAUGGACUGUGGGCCUACGAUGGGUGGAACCAACUCAACUAUAUCACUGAAGAGCUCAGAAACCCUUACAGAAACCUGCCCAUGGCCAUUGUCCUCGGGAUCCCCCUGGUGACAGUGUGCUACAUCCUCAUGAAUAUUGCCUACUUCACGGUGAUGACCCCAACAGAGCUCCUGCAGUCUCAGGCUGUGGCUGUGACCUUCGGAGACCGCGUUCUUUACCCAGCAUCUUGGGUGGUCCCACUUUUUGUGGCAUUUUCAACUAUCGGUGCUGCUAAUGGGACUUGCUUCACAGCGGGCAGACUCAUCUAUGUGGCUGGCCGGGAAGGCCACAUGCUUAAAGUGCUCUCGUACAUCAGUGUUAGGCGCCUCACGCCUGCUCCUGCCCUUAUAUUUUAUAGUAUCAUAGCCAUCAUUUACAUCAUCCCCGGUGACAUCAACUCCUUAGUCAACUACUUCAGUUUUGCUGCGUGGCUGUUUUAUGGGAUGACAGUCCUAGGACUCAUCGUGAUGAGAUUCACAAGGAAAGACCUGGAAAGGCCCAUCAAGGUGCCCAUCUUCAUCCCCGUCGUUGUGAUUCUCGUAUCUGUCUUUUUGGUCCUGGCCCCGAUCAUCAGUAAGCCAGCCUGGGAAUAUCUCUACUGUGUGUUAUUCAUUCUGAGUGGACUUAUAUUCUACUUCCUUUUUGUCCACUACAAGUUCCGAUGGGCCGAGAGAAUCUCCAGUCCAGUCACCAAGCACCUGCAGAUGCUGAUGGAAGUCGUCCCACCAGAGAAGGACCCCGAAUGAAAAGCCCAUCAUUCACAGCCCAAAGCUGCAAUCAAUUUAUUUUUAUGACAGGAGCAACUGGCAAUCAAGUCCACACAAAAUGCUGCUCAGAUCUACAGAUCACUGGCAGGGGUUUUAAAUAUGUAGUCGUCCGUCCCCCCCCCCCCCCGUUGCCACUCCCAAUUUUUUAUCCUGUCCUGGGCACGGCUGGUCUGUGGCCCCUGCAAAUGGCCGGGGGAACUGAGCUGGGCUCAACCAUUAAGAGCACUGGCUGUUCUUCCAGAGAACCCAGGUUCAAUUCUCAGCACCCACAUCGCAGACCACAACUGUCUGUAACUCCACUUCCAGGGGAUCUGACACCCUCAUACAGACAUACAUGCAGGCAAAACACCAAUGUACAUUAAAAAAAAAAAAAAAAGAAAAGAACACUGGAGUUUUACUGAUGAUUCACCACAAAGAUGCAAUUCUAUGGGAGCAAAUGAUAGAGCACAAACUCAAGUAUUUCCAUUUCACCUCACAUUUUAGAAAUUUACCCCACUUAGAACAGGUUAAUACAGAAAAUCAACAGCCGACUGUUUGCAUAGCCAGCCUCCUAUGUUCUACAAAAUGUUGCUCAGAGGUUUACAUAUGGGAAAAUGUGACCAUCUGAAAAAAGUGAUUUAAACAGAGCUGUGUCCCCACGGUCUCCAUGUAUCUGCUGAGACAGCCUGCCUCUUGCACGGUGCCCAGUGCCACAGCAGCCCUCCGCCAGCUGGUGGACCUGCAUCUGUAUAGACAGACACCGACAAAGCCCGGCCCACAACUGAAUUGUUCCAGCAAGACAGUGUGCUUUCCGCUGCCUUGAGUCACUUUGCUUUACGGCCACUCUAGUACCUGCCAAUCAACCUGAGAGUCAUAGCAUCACAAAGGAUGUGUGUUCCUGGCAGAUGCCCAGUCCGGCAGCCUCCAACUGUUGGGUGCAAGUCUGACCCUCUUCACAGUUGCUGUGAAAGCUAGUUGCCCACCCUACAAUCCCGUGGACUCUUUUGGGCUGCAUGUGCUCAGGUCUUAUUUUACAGAUGAGAAAACCAAGAACCAGUGUGGGCCCAGUCCUGCUGCUGGCACAGAAAGCCCAGAGACUUUGUGGAAGGUGUGCAGCGGCUCAUUCCUGGGGCUACUGAAACCUGGACAUCUGUGUUUCUUUGUUUUUAUUUUUUUUUUGU